ACAGUGCAACUUUACAUCAGUUGUCCCCAUCAGAGUGCCGCUUUACAUCAGGUAUCCCCAUCACAUUGCCCCCUUACAUCAGGUAUUCCAGUCAGAGUGCCCCUUUACACUCAAAGUACCUCUUUCUUUCUAUCAUAUGUCCUCCUCAGAGUGCCCCUUUCCAUCCCAUGUGCCCAUUUGUGCCCCCUUAACAUAAAAUGUGCUCAUCAGAGUGCCCUUUAACAUUCUAUGUUGUGUACAUCAGAAUGCACCUUAACAUUAAAUGUGCCCAUCAGAGUGCCCCUUAACAUAAAAUGUGCCCAUAAGAGUGCCCCUGUA